AGUCACUCGUGAGCGUGAGCUGCUCUAUACAUACGUGGUUUACGCGUACGUGGGCAAAGCAUUCAGCGCAGGCACAGCGCUAGGCCGCUAGCAGAAGCCGAUCGAGGCCGAGCGCAAGAAGUGCUUAGCAGCAGGGGUUGGACACACACGAGUCACACGAUGGCCGGGCGCGCGGAGACGGAGAGCGCUGGCGGGAGCCCGGAGAAGGUGUGCGUGACGGGCGCCGGCGGGUACAUCGCCUCGUGGCUCGUCAAGCUCCUCCUCUCCCGCGGCUACGCCGUGCACGCCACCGUCCGCGACCCGUGUGAUCCCAAGAACGCCCACCUGGGGCGGUUGGAGGGGGCCUCGGAGAACCUCCGGCUGCUCAAGGCCGACGUGCUCGACCACGGCGCGCUGGCCGCCGCGGUGGCUGGGUGCCGGGGGGUCUUCCACGUCGCCUGUCCGGUGCCCACGGACAAGGUUGUUGAUCCGGAGUCGGAAGUGCUGGCUCCUGCUGUGCAAGGCACCGUGAACAUUCUCCAGGCUUGCUCAGCUAACAAUGUUCGGAAAGUUGUCGUGGUUUCAUCUACGGCCGCUGUCCAUUUCAACCCGAAGUGGCCGCGAGACAGGCCCAAGGACGAGGAGUGCUGGUCGGACAUAGACUUUUGCAAAGAGAACGAGGACUGGUAUAUGGUUGCCAAGGUUGUUGCUGAAAAGACAGCCUUGGAGUAUGCGGAGCAAAGUGGACUGAAUGUUGUUACUGUUUGCCCUACUAUGGCACUAGGCCCACUCCUACGGCCUGUGGUCAAUGUCAGCCAUGAGUUCCUCAUAUACAAUAUAAAAGGAGGUCCAACGGUAAUGAAGAACAUUCCGUGGCACAUAGUUGAUGUCCGCGAUGUGGCUAAUGCUUUGCUUCUGGUAUAUGAGAAAGAGGAAUCAGCUGGGAGAUACAUCUGCGCGCCACAUCAUAUUAGCGCAAAGGAUCUGGUGAACUUGCUCAAGAAGACUCACCCCAACUACAAUUAUGUAAACUGUGACAGUGAUAUGGACCCUAACUCUAUAGUGACACCGCUUGUGUCGCAGAAACUCAACAAUCUAGGGUGGAAACCAAUGAAGAAAAUAGAGGAAACAUUGUUGGAUAGUAUUGAGUACUAUGAGAAGGCAGGGCUUGUGCAGGAUGUAGAGGGCUCCCCCUGCCGUCUUCCUCAUCUGUUUCAUUUUGCUUCAGACAAAUGAAGCAAACUGGCAGUACAUCUGCUAGACUACUACUUUUAUCUUGUUAUUAAGCUCAGAACGUUAUUGAUAACUAUAUCUUAUCGCACAAUAUUAUUUUUUCUAGAAUAUGUAGGGAAAAUGCAUGUCCUUGUGCUUAUAGAAUCCGAAACUGCAUUUGGACAGUCUGCUUUUGUCCUCUAUGCGGAGCUUGUUUUUCAGAUGCAGGCUACUUCAAUCUCCACAGCGAUUGAAUCAGGUAACAACAAGCUUUCGUAUUGUUGGGGACCGCCCCCACAACACACCCUGAACGGCGCUGGCGGGGACUCUCUUUCUCUUAACCGACCCUAACCUCAUCGCCUCCCCCUUUACGAAGCUAAGAAAUGACUGAAGUUAGUCCAUUUUGUUGUUCUGCAAGCAAGGACUCGCGAAGUUAAACCCCCCGUGGAGCUCUCAGCAUUUCGGCUUCGGAAAAACUUCGUGACCAGAAGCCGAAGUUAGCUGACUUCAACCAAAGAAGGUGGGAAGUCUACAGAAGGUUGCUCGGUCUCAACGAAGCUUAUGAAUAAGGAAGAAGACAGUCAAGACGGCCCUGGAACCGCUUAAUAGCAAGACGACUCCGUAAUAAGAAUCUAGUACGAGGUUGGAUAUGUAAUUUUACCGUGAAAGCGACGUUUUGAAUAGGUACCAAGUUACUGUCUUGUACGGAAUAUUCUUAGGAUGUAGUGGUUGAGUAUGGGUAUAACGGGGAUGCGAAAAUGUAACUUUAUGACUCUAUAAAGGGAGACGAAUUGUCCUCCCGGGAGGGCAUUAAUCAUCGAUAGGACAGCCACUGUAACGUUUGUUUGAA